AUGCGGGUCGGAAUCCCCGCCCCCCAGCGCGCCCCCGUACGCCAAAACAGUGCCAGCAGAGUGAAACCGAAAAGAAUCAGUGAGAGAAAUCAGAGUUCAGCAGAGCCUGAUGAAGUCAGGUUGGUGGGAAAAGCCAGUCACUGUGGAGGUACACUGGAGAUAAAGCACGUGAGAGAAUGGACACCAGUAGACUUCUAUAACUGGACCCUGAAGAAAGCUGCAGACUCUGUCAGGCUGCUGAACGGUUCCAGUCUGUGUUCAGGCGGACUGCAGGUGAAGUCUAACCAGAGAUGGUCCUCAGUGUGUGAAGCUGACUUUGACCUGCAGGAUGCAGAGGUGGUCUGCAGGGAGCUUGGCUGUGGGCCUCCUUCGCUCCUCCGGGGGGCGCUCUAUGGAGAAGCGGAGGCUCCAGUGUGGAGCAGAGAGUUCCAGUGUGGAGGCCAUGAGUCUGCUCUCCUGGACUGUAGAAGCUCAGGCUCAGCUAGAAGCAGCUGCUCACCUGGCAAAGCUGCUGGACUCACCUGCUCAGAGCCUGUCAGGUUGGUGGGAGGAGCCAGUCGCUGUGCAGGUACACUGGAGGUGAAACACCUGGGAGAAUGGAGACCAGUGGAUGACAAUGGUUGGACCAUGAAACCAGCAGCUGUUGUCUGUGAACAUCUGGACUGUGGCUCUGCUGUUUCUGUAGGACUGAUAUUUAAGUCAUAUGGAUCUGUUUGGAGGAUCAACCCUGACUGUGUUCAGUCUGGAUCUCCUCUGAGGGAGUGUGCAAUAUCAUGGUCCUCCUCCUCUAUCCUUGAUCUCACCUGUUCAGGAUACCCCUUUGAGAAGAAGCUUGAGCAUUAUUGGCUAGCUUAG